AUGGCGCUGUGCGACUCAGUGUCCUGCUUCGUGGGCGUUCCCGCCGCGGCGUCCCAGGGCCCUUCGCCGGCUCUCCGUGCCUCCAUCUCCCAGCCACGCGUCGAGAGCGGCGCGAGCUCGGGCUUCAACACCAGCGCCGCGUGCUCCCUCGUUGCGGCCGGCGUCGUGGGUGUGGCCGCGAGCCGCCGCCGCUCAUCCGCGAAGGUGACCAGGGAGGCGGUCGGCGUCGGUAUCAACGGUUUCGGGCGCAUCGGGCGCCAGGUGGCCCGCAUUGUCAUGAAGGACCCAGAGACGGAGCUGAAGCUGGUGAACGCGAGCUACGAUGCGGAGUAUCUCGCGUACCAGAUGAAGUACGACUCGAUCCACGGCAGGUACGAUGGCACUGUCGAGGUCGACGGGGACUCCUUGGUGAUCGACGGCCACAAGGUGGCGCUGUCGCACACCCGUGAUCCGGCUGAGAUCCCUUUCAAGGAGCACGGUGCGGACUACGUCUGCGAGUCCACCGGCGUGUUCCUGACGGAUGAGAAGAUCCAGCCGCACCUCAAGGCGGGCGCGAAGAAGGUCGUGUUCUCGGCCCCGGCUAAGGACGACAGCCACACCAUAGUGAUGGGCGUGAACCAGGACACUUACAAGAGUGACAUGAACUGCGUCUCGUGCGCUUCGUGCACCACCAACGGCCUCGCUCCCAUGGUGAAGGCUGUCAACGAUGCGUUCGGCAUUAAGCGGGGCCUGAUGACCACCAUCCACGCCAUGACCGCGUCUCAGCCAACCGUGGACGGGGCGUCGAAGAAGGACUGGCGUGGUGGCCGCGCGGCGUCAGGCAACAUCAUCCCCUCCUCGACGGGGGCGGCCAAGGCGGUGGCCAAGGUCGUGCCAGAGGUGGCGGGCAAGCUCACUGGCAUGGCUUUCCGCGUGCCCACCAUCGACGUGUCGGUCGUGGACCUCACUUGUGAGCUGGAGAAGGCGACGACCUACGAGGAGAUCUGCGCCGAGAUCAAGAGGCGUUCGGAGGGCGACAUGAAGGGGUUCUUGGGCUACUGCGACGAGGCUCUGGUGUCCACCGACUUCGAGACGUGCCCCAUCUCCAGCACGUUCGAUUCCAAGGCGGGCAUCAUGCUGGACCCUACGUUCGUGAAGCUCGUGGCCUGGUACGACAACGAGUGGGGCUACUCGUGCCGUGUCGUUGACCUGAUCAAGCACAUGGCCAAGGCCACUUUCGCCUGGCUUGGAUCCUGCCCGAGGUGCCCCGAGUCUGUCUGCGGCUCCCUCGUGUGCGGAGAGGUGCACUGCCCCCCGGCGCCAGCGUGCCCGCAGUGCCCCGCGUGCCCAGGCUGCCCCGGGGCCCCCGAGCCAGCCUGCACCACCCCUGCGGCAGCGCCGCCGUGGCUCCCUGGCUGGCUCGCGUCCGCUGGACUCCUGCUGCUGGGCGCGGCCGGAGGAGCUGUGGUGCCUGCCCUCGCGCUGGGCACCUGGCAGGUGUUGCGCUGGCUGACGGGCGAGGCGCUGUACCACCAGCGGCGCGUUGUCGGGGUGCUGGCCUCCUCGGCGACUCAAGUGACUGACGCCGACGAGGUCAUCGGCGUCUCGCCGGACGGCGACCCCGAGCAGAUCGACCUCUCCGGGGCCUCGCGGGACAUCGAGGCCUGGCGCUGGUCGGAGGUAUUCCGUCCACCCCCGCCUGGUAUCCCGCGAGGUCAGGUCUACCGCUUCCAGCAGGAGCCCGACGCCGCCGCCCUCGCCACGAUGCGCGCGGACGCCGAGGCGUUCUGCGACGCCGCCUUCCUCGCUCUCGACCGGGCGGCAGGGCAGCCAGCGGUGCUCCCGGCGACGGGCAGCCUGGUCGACGCCGUGUGGCCCGCGCCCGCGGCGCCAGCCGCGGCCGCCGCUGCGGCCCCCGCAGCCCCCGGGCUGCCGCUGGCGCUCCCUGGGAUGGCGCCCCCCCCGGGCCCUCCGGCCCUGGGCGCCCCCGCCGCGGCCGCCGCCCCGCUGGCCCUGCUCGGAGCACCCCCAGCUGCGCUGCCUGGCGCUGCUCCACCGGGGGCGGUGGUGGCGGCCCCGCUGGCCGCCGCGGCGCCUGGAGCCGCCGCCCCGGCCGCAUUCCCCGCGGCCAUGGGCCUGGGCAUGGUGGCAGCGGCACCCUACCCGGUGAUGGUCACGGUUGAGACGACGACGUACGGCCCGCGUGGGACUCCAGUGGCUCCGAACGGCACGGAGGUCAUGUCUGGCGACGUCGGCAUCCACACGGCUCCUGGCUAUGGUGGCUUGCUGGUUCGUACGAUUCGCUCCGACCAGGUGCAGGAUUUCAAGGGCCUCGAGGCAGCGGGUGACGCCCGCCUCCUCAGCGUGAUCGCGGUGAAUGGUCAACGCUCCCGUCGAGCCUGGCGUGACGUGGCCAGCUCGCUAUCCGAGAUCGCCUUCCGCGACUGGGCGAUAGAGGGCCCCCGCACCACCCUUUGGCGCUGCCGAUGGAUCGACCGUCGGGGCGGGGGCCCUCUCGACCACCACCGCUUCUUCGUGAUGGUCCACCGCCUCCACAAGGACAGCUGGGGUGUCCCGAUGCACGAGUUCGGGAUGAAGGCCCUAGAGACCCUCGGCGCCUACGACUCGCUUGACCUGCCGAGCGCCGCGGGGAUCGAGUCGCUGAUGCGCGAAGUGCAGCUGGUCGAGUAUGCGUAUGCCAAGCGCGACGGGUUUGCUGGGGCCAGCACCGAGGUGGCCGACGGCGACCUGAAUGCCAAGAAGAAGGGCCGUGGCCGCGGACGAGGAGGCGCCGCGGGCGCCUUCGGCUACCUGGACGAGCACACCGCCUUCCGGGGGCAGCGUGAGACGGGAGACGCCACGGUGUUUCCCGCCCUGGUCGAGUGGGUUGGCAAGCAAGUCGAACGCGAUGCCAACAUUUUAAAGCAGGUAUUACAUACAGAGUACGUUGACAACUUCGUUGCCCUUGGCCUCUCGAAGGACCCCAUGUAUGCCGUGACUGACUCCGUCGAUCGCAGUCUCCGAGACGCUGGGUUUCGCACCCACGGUCCGACGGCAUCGGCUGGAGGGGGUGUUCUCGGUUGGAUUUUCGACCAGGACGCCCCGACGAUUGGGAUCAGUCACCGCAUAGGCUGGCGAAUACGACUAGGGUGUCUGGCUGUCGCGGACAUGAAGUACGCCUCGGGGGAUCUUGUCAGGGUCGUCGUGUCGCACUUCACGUCUCGGGCUCUGCUGCGCCGUGAAUUACUCUCAUGUCUGCAGGCUUCGCAUUCUUUCAUCGAGUCGUCCGGCCACCACACGCGUGUUCUCUGGAGCUCAUUCAAACGGGAGCUUCGUUGGUGCGCCGCGCUGAUCGCACUCGCUUUCCGCGACGUCAAUGCCGCCUGGUCCCCCAUGGUCUACUGCACCGACGCGUCCUGGUGGGGCGCAGGGGUCGUCAGGGGCAUCCGCAGCGUCCAGGAGGUCCAGCACGCGGGCCACUAUACGGAGCGCUUGCGUUGCUCAGCGGCCCACGAGGCCAUCCUCAAGCCACGGGACUCGGCUCUGAAGCGUUCGGUCAGCAGCGGGGUCGCCGCCUCCCCCCAGGACUCCGAGAUCCCGAAGGCCCCCUUCCCCGAGGUCCCAGAGUCGGUCUACGGCGGCGACUGGUCCCUCGUAAUGUCCCAGAAGUGGUCCCGCAAGGAGGCCCAGGUUGUCUUGGAGGCUCGGUCGCUCGUGCUCACCGUGAAGAACAUAGUUCGGAACACUCAGAACUUCGGUUGCAAGCACCUGGAGCUUUCCGAUUCAAUGCUGCGCCGAAUCCAGUUGCAGCACUCGGGCCCGCGGGGCUCGAGGUCCUCCGCGAUGGCUUCCUCGGCGACAGCCGUGACGGCGGGCCCGCAGCUGGUGCCGCGCCCCCUGGGCGCCCACGCCGGGGGCCUGCCCCGUGCGGAGGUGGCGCCCAACCUCCCAGCGCCCUCCUCGCGGCGCCCAUACCGCGAGUGGGUGCCCCACGGCCCCGGCGCUCAGGAGGCGAGGGCCGCCAAGCGGGCGAGGGCCUUCCCUGCUGCCGCAGAGGCCCCACGGCCGCCAGGCGCCCCGACCUUCCUCGAGCUGCAGAGCGUCUCGCCGAAGGCCGCCCAGGACUACCAGACGUACGUGACGGCGUUCUACCAGUGGGGCCAGGAGCGCCACCUGCUCAGCGACAUCGCGACCUCGCUGAGGUCGGCGCCGGCGAUCGACCUAGCCCUCGUGACGUACAUGCACGAGAAGUUCUUCGCAGGCGAGCUCUCCUACGCGCCGACGAAGCUGAUCGCGGGUCUCCGCUACUUCUGGACAUACCCCAACGGAGCGCCCUUCGAGCUGCCCCGCAGCUUUCGCGCCUUGACGGGCUGGAAGCGCAUGGUGCCCGCCCAGAGCCGCCUGCCGCACCCCUGGGUCGCCCUGUGCCUGCGCGUGCAACACAUGAUUGCCGCGGGCCAGGUGAUGGAGGCAUUGGCCAGCAUCAUCGCCUUCACGUUCUACCUGCGCCCCAGCGAGUGCCUGCGUCUGCAGGGGAAGCUGAUCACGGCUCCUGCCCAGGCGCCUCGCCGUGUGCAGGACGGCCAGGGCCAGAUGUGGCCCCUCCUCCUGCACCCGCAAGAGGGCGGCGCCACGUCCAAGACGGGCCGCGUGGACGAGAGCCUGCUAGCGGACAACCCCCUGUUCCCGUGGUUGCCGCAGGUGCUGGGCCUCCUGAAGGCCAAGUUCCCCCACUCGCUGGUCUUCAACCUCGGCCAGGCGCAGUGGGGCCGGGCCUUGAAGGGCGCGGCGCCCGCUUGCGGGCUCACUGCCCUGGGCGACCCGUGUCUGCACCGCCUCCGCCACGGAGGGGUGUCGCACGACCUCCUCUUCAAGGCUCGCACUCUCCUGUGCGCCAAGAAGCGCGGCCGCUGGGCCAGCGACCGCAGCCUGGCCCGCUACGAGCGGGGCGGGCGCAUCAACGAGCAGCUGAGCCUCUUGUCCCAGGACAUCCUCAUCGCCGCCGACCUGGCGGCCUCGAACAUUGGCGUAACCUUCGUGAAUGCCUUCCGCUCUUUGUGA